GGUGAGUUGAAGGGACUCGGAAUUAUGUCCGGUUCUGGGAAAAUUAUCCAGAGUUAAUUUUGAAUAAUUAUGAUGGGCGAAGAAUUUAGCUUGUUAGGAUUUUUGAAAGUUCAAAUCCGGGACAAGCUUACCAACUAAUACCAGCUGAUAAAGAAAGAACUAUAUAGUGACUUACUAGGGGGAUUUCAUUGCGCCAUGUUGGGUGAAAGAGGAGGCUUUUAAAAGUUAAAUAGUCGUGGUCCAUGUGUAUUGUAGUAGAAUACAGAGAGUGGGAAUAAAUAUACAUGCAACUCAAAGCUGAAAUUGAAUUGUUUAAGCUAAAUAUGUCAAGGUGUGAUAUUUGUGAGAAGGAAACCGCUUCGUAUAAAUGUCCAAUCUGUAGGAUACCAUAUUGUUCCGUUGUCUGCUUCAAGGUGCAUAAAACAGAGCCAUGUACUCCACCAACACUUCCAGAGAUCGAGGCAAUAUCAGAGAGGCUAGAACCUAGAUUUCAAUAUCCAACGGAAGACAUGGUACCUAUAGAAAAAUUGAAAAACCUACGGCAUAGUACAGAGGUCAAGAGCUGUCUAAGCAAUCCUCAUGUAAGAACGAUAGUGCAGGGGAUCCUAGAGUCAAAUGAUCCUACGGAAGCGAUUGCCAAGGCAAUGACAGAGCCCAUAUUUGAAGAGCUUGCUGAUGCUUGUCUCAGAGUCAUUGAACCUCAGGAUGAGGCUCAAACUUUGAAGUAAUUAUUGGGUCGUAUCUUUCUGCUUCGAUCUACAUCACUUCUUUUUGCCAUUUGAAUUGACAAAAAAGAAAAAUUGUAUCUCACAUAGUGUGUAAGUUUGUACAAAUAUGAAUUGUUGGCGCUAAUAAGAGAAUUUUAGGUAC